GCAGCCGCCUGUCCUCCCUAGGCGGCGUCCGCGGCGCGAGCCAUAGCGCGCGGGGCGAGCCAGCGAGAGGGCGAGCGGCGCUACCUGCUGCCUGCAGCCUCGGCCGGCCGGCGAGCCAGUGCGCGUGCGCGGCGGCGGCCUCCCCUGCGACCGGAGAAGACGAGCGGGCGAGCUAGCGGAGCGGGGCGCGUGGCAAGGCAGGGCUCAGCGACAUGGGGGACCGCGAGCAGCUCCUUCAGCGGGCGCGGCUGGCCGAGCAGGCGGAGCGCUACGACGACAUGGCCUCCGCCAUGAAGGCGGUGACCGAGCUCAACGAACCUCUCUCCAAUGAAGACCGAAACCUCCUCUCCGUGGCCUACAAGAAUGUGGUCGGUGCCCGGCGGUCUUCCUGGAGGGUCAUCAGCAGCAUCGAGCAGAAAACCACGGCUGACGGGAAUGAGAAGAAGCUGGAGAAGGUUAAGGCUUACCGGGAGAAGAUCGAGAAGGAGCUGGAAACAGUGUGCAAUGACGUGCUGGCCCUGCUGGACAAGUUCCUCAUCAAGAACUGCAAUGACUUCCAGUAUGAGAGCAAGGUCUUCUACCUGAAGAUGAAGGGCGACUACUACCGCUACCUGGCAGAGGUGGCUUCUGGCGAGAAGAAAAACAGUGUGGUCGAAGCUUCAGAGGCAGCCUACAAGGAAGCCUUCGAAAUCAGCAAGGAGCACAUGCAGCCAACACAUCCCAUCCGGCUGGGCCUGGCCCUCAACUUCUCUGUGUUCUACUACGAGAUCCAGAACGCGCCCGAGCAGGCCUGCCUCUUAGCCAAACAAGCCUUUGAUGACGCCAUAGCUGAGCUGGACACACUAAAUGAGGAUUCCUAUAAGGACUCCACACUCAUCAUGCAGCUGCUGCGAGACAACCUCACCCUCUGGACGAGCGACCAGCAGGACGAGGAAGCCGGAGAAGGCAACUGAGUGGCUCGGCCCACCCCCGCCCCGACCCCAUCACCACCGGUCCUUCCUCACCACAGUCACUAAGUAUCUAGUGCUAAACCUAUCUGUAUGGCAGCACAGCUACUCAGAUCUGCUCUCUGCCCCCCGGGAAGCAGUUCCAGAUAAAUUUAUGGGCAUUGCUGGACUGAUGGUUGCUUUGAGCCCACAGGAGCUCCCUUUCUGAAUUGUGCAGACAGGUGCAUUCUGAAGGAGGCAUUUUCCUAUGCCUGCUGAUCUAGGUGAAGUGCAGGCGAAAGCCUCGGGGAAGUUAGGAGAAUUAACCACACAGGCUACAGUUGGUAUUUAAAUGGUCCACUUAAAACCAGCUGCUAGUGUUUUGUUAAAGCAGUACAUCUGUGCAUGCAAAAGUGAAUUCACCCCUCCCACCUCUUUCUUAGCUAAUGGAAAACUGUUAAGGGAAGCUGAUAUGAGAGACCACUUGCUCCUUUCCAUCAGCUUAAUAAUAAACUUUAACGUGAGGUUUCAGUAGCGCCUUGUUUGCCUCUUUAAAUUAUGAUGUGCACAAACCUUCUUUUCAAUGCAAUGCAUCUAAAGUUUUGAUACCUGUAACUUUUUUUUUUUUUGGUUGCGACUGUUUAAGAAUCAUGGAUUUAUUUUUUUGUAACUAUUUGGCUAUUGUCCUUGUGUAUCCUGACAGCGCCAUGUGUGUCAGCCCAUGUCGAUCAAGAUGGGUAAUUAUGAAAUGCCAGACUUCUAAAUUAAAUGUUUUGGAAUUCAGUGGGUAAAUAAAUGCUGCUUUGGGGAUAUUA